AUGUCGAACGUUGCUGGGACUGCCAGUGCUACUUCGCAGACACUUUCCUUUACUCCAGAUGACAAACUCGAGCUAUUGUUUGACCCCAAACUCAUUCCGAAUGAUGUCAAGGCCGCUUUGCCCAACCACCUUCAUAUUCGUCCACUUUCACUAACGGAUUAUGGUCGCGGUCACCUCUCUGUUCUCUCUGUCCUAACACAAACACCAGAUGUUGGUGCGGCAGCAUGGAGUGCAGCCUUCGGCCUCAUGCGUUCCACCCCGAACACGUAUUACGCCAUUGCCAUAGUUGAUAAGGCCCUGGAUAGAGUCGUAGGCGUUGGUACUGUCUUUAUGGAACGCAAAUUCCUACGUGGAUUAGGUGUCGUGGGCCACAUCGAAGAUAUCGCAGUGGACAAACAAUCUCAGGGUCACAAACUCGGACUAAGAAUUAUUCAAACUCUUACUGCGAUUAGCGAAGGUCAGGGUGCUUACAAGACCAUCCUGAACUGUAGCACCGAUAAUAUUCCGUUCUAUCAAAAAUGCGGAUACGAGGAAAAGGAGCGCGAAAUGGCAAAGUAUGCAACUGGUGUUUCCAAGUUGUAGAUGUCUUCCUCGUGCUCUUCUGUUCCUUCAUUAUAUACACCCAUCAUGCACCGGACACUUAUGGACUCAUCUUCUCGUGGUUGCCCUUGUUAUUAUCCUUUUGUACUUAUGUUGCGAUUCCCAGCGAAUGCCCUUACGCUGAUGAAUGAAUCACACCCCUCACCCCGGGAGGUCUAUGUGGAUGUAUGAAAAAGAACGGGUGAUUGGAGUCCUUCCCAUGCAACCACUGGGCAGCGGGCAUCUGUGGCGACGGGCGGCGCCGAUCAGUGUUGCCCACUCACCGAUCCAAGUACGAAGGUAUGCCCGGAUGCCCAUGCAUGCCUGAGGG